AUGAAAGUUGUAGAAUUUCGAAUAUGUAUGCCAUUAAAAGUUGAAGAAUAUCAAAAAUGUCAACUUUAUUUAGUAACAAAGGGUACAUUAGAAGAUGCUGAACAAAGAAUUAAAAAUGCUGAAAAAUAUGGAAGUGAAAAUAAUAGUGUAGGUGUUGUUAUAUUAAAAAAUGAAUCUUAUGUAGAAAAUUAUACAUCAGGACAAUAUACAUUAAAGAAAUUAAAUAUAUUGCAUAAAAUGCCAAAAUGGUUAUUAAAUUUUGUUGAUAAAAAAUAUUGUACAAUAGAAGAACAAUGUUGGAAUGCCUAUCCAUAUAUUAAAACAAUUUAUCAAAGUAGUGGAUUUCCAAAAGGUAAAAUUCAACUCGAAUCAUCACAUCAUUCUGGUUUUGAUACUGAAUAUAAUGCCUUAAAUUUAUCAGAAGAUUUAUUAAAUAUAAGAAAAAUUAUAUAUAUAGAUAUAGUUAAUGAUAAAGUAAGUUCAAAAGAAUAUAAUAUUAAUGAAGACCCUUCAUUAUUUUUGAGUCAAAAAACAGGAAGAGGUCAUUUUAAACAAAAUUGGAAAGAAACAAGUGAACAUCUAAUGACAUGUUAUAAAUUAAUAACUUUAGAUAUUCCUUAUUUUGGUUUAUUUUGUUCAAAAAUAGAAAACUGGAUUAUUUCUGCGAUCCGAGAUAAUUUAUUAAAAUAUCAUAGAAAAGCAUUUUGUUGGAUUGAUGAAUGGUUUGAGUUAAAAAUCGAGGAUAUACGUAAAAUUGAAAAGGAUGUUCAAACAAAGCUCAAGAAAUUUUGGACAGAAACGGGGCAAGACGUUCCGAUAGACGAUAUUGCAAACCAUGUUACUAGCAGUGAAAAGGGUGGAAAAAGUGAAGAAGGCGAAAGUGAAAAAAGUGAAGAAGGCGAAAAAAGCGAACAGAAUGAAGAACGGAAUCGAAGUAGCAGCCUGGCAGAAUCCUUAACAAAUGAAGAUGAGUCAAAAUGUGAAAGUUGGUCGAAUAUUAGUGACAAUGAAAAUAUAAAAAAUGGUGUUAAUAAAACAGAUAAAUAUUCUAGCAAUAUAAAUGAAAGAGAUAUUUUUGAUGAGGCAUCUAAAAAUAGCAUGGCAUUCUCAAGUGCAGCCAGUUUAAAUUAUAAAAAUGAAACUACUGAAAAUAUGAAAAGUCGAAAUAAUAAUAUCCAAAACCAAAAUAUGCAUAUGAAUAUGAAUAAUCUAAAAACUUGCUAUGAAAAUCGAGUGUGUGAUUUAGAAGGAUAUGAAGUAAUACAAGGAGAAAGCGAAAUAGAAAAUAAUGAACUUGAUGAGAAUAAAAAUAUGAACAAAGAAAAUUUUGAUUUUUUUGAUGAAGGUAAAAGUAAUAUAAGUGUAAAUAAAAUUUUGGUAGACAAUAAAAAAAAAGAAAUUAUCGAAUAUUUUUUUUUUAAAAAAAAUAAAAAUGAAUAUGGUGAAUAUUUAUAUAAAAUAAGUGAUGGUAUGUUUUAUUCAUGGAAAUAUAGAUAUUUUAGCAUAAAAGAUAAUAAAUUAUAUUAUUAUAUUAAUGAUGAAAAAAAUGAUUUAAAAGGAGAAAUAAAUUUAUUAAAUGCUCAAAUACAUUGGAUAGGUGAAUAUAAGGGUAGGAAUAAUGUUUUUGUAAUUCAAUGUUUUUAUAAAAAUGUAUAUUAUUUAAGUAUAGAUGAUGAAAUUCAGGCAAAAAAAUGUAUGAUAGAUAUUCAAAUGGCUAGUCUAAUUAAUGAAACGAAUAAUUCAAAAAAUAAUGUAGAAAAACAGAUCGAAUAUAACAAUAUAAAUAACAUAAAAGUUGAAGAUUAUAAAAAUUUAAUGAAUAUUUAUAAUGAUGUUGAAAAUAGUGAUAAUAUAGAAAAUGAGGUUCAACCUUUGAACAAUUUAAAUGGUAAAAUAAAAAAUGAAAAUGAUAAAUUGUCUUAUAUAUUUAAGAAAAAUGAUAAAGAAAAUGAAAAUAAUGUAAACAAUAAAAAUGGUGUUAAUAAUCAUAAUACAUUACAAAUAAGUAAAAAUAAUAAAUAUGAAAAUAUUCCGAUAACUUUGCAAUUAUUUAAUAAUGCAACGGAUAAGAAAUUGAAAAUAAAUGAUAAGAAAUUGAAAAUAAAUGAUAGCUGGAUAUAUGAUAAUGCUAGUAGUAGUAGCAGUAGUUGUUGUGACGAAUGUGCUUCCCCUUUAUUAGGGGAUAAAAGUAGGAAUAAAUUUGAAUCUUUUAAUUUAAAAAAUAUAAUAAAUAUGCUUUUUGGAAAUUUUGAGGGUAUCGAAAUAUUUAAGAUAAAUAAGGAUAUACAAUAUAAAGGGGUGAAGGAAUUAUUACACAAACUUAAAAUUGAUUUGAAUACAAAUGAUGAAUUAAAUUAUCAUUUAAAAAAAUUAUUUAUUUUUAAAAAAAAAAGAGGAAAAAAAAUUGAAUAUUUUUUAUAUAUUAUUUUAAUUUUUUUGUUUUUUAUAUUUUUUCAUAAAAUAUUAAAUUUUUUGUUUUAUUUUUUUAUACCUAUAUUUUUUUUCUUUUGGGGAGUAUUUAUUUAUAAUGAUAAAAUAUCUUAUUCUGGAUUUUAUAAUAAUGUUAAUUAUAAUGUGUAUAAAUAUUCCUUUACUGUUAAUUCAAAUAUAAAUUUUAUAAUGUCUAUUUUAUUGAAUAAGAACAAAAUUAAUAAAGGAGAAUAUUAUCAAAAUGUAAUCCAAUCAAAGAAUAAAUAUAUACAAUAUGUUUGUAGUUUUAUAUAUUUUAAUGUGCCUAUUUUUAAACAGAUAUAUGAAUUUUAUAGACCAAGAAAAUUUUUUAUGACAAAAUAUUUAGAGAAGGAUGUUAGAGAAAUUGAUAAAAUAAAUGAUGGUAGCAUAGGAUAUGAGAAUUUUGUUAUUUCAAAAAGUGAAGAUGAUAAAAAAAAAAUGCGAUGUUAUUUCAUUGUACAGUAUACGAGCAAAAACUCGAAAGAGUAUUUCAACUUGAUAAAUUGUGAAAAAAAAAUAAAAGAUGGAACUGGAACUAAAUAUGAAAAUAGAGAAAAUAGAUAUAGAAAUAGAGAUGAUAAUAGAGAUAGAAAUAGAGAUGAUAAUAGAGAUAGAAAUAGAGAUGAAAAUAAAGAUGGAAAUAAUAAGUUUUCAGCUAAAAAAAUGUCUACUAUGUAUGGUAUAUCUACUAGUAUUGAUAAGCAAAAUAAUACAUUAAAUAAUAAUAAAUAUAAUAUCGAUUUUUCAUCUAAAAAAAUGUCUAAUAUCAUAUUAGAAAUGAGUAGAACGAAACUUGGAAAAUUAAUACAAAAUUGUAUACUUGGGUUAUUAAAACAUUUUUUUAAAAUAAUUAAAAAUACAUUUUUUGAUGAAUAUGUAAAAGGUGAUGGAUUUGAUAUAUAUAUAAUUAGGGAGAAGGGGGAUGAAAUAUGUAAUAUUGAAUAUUUGACAUGUUAUGAUUAUAAAUCUGGAAUUUUUAAUAACUAUUUAAAUGUGGAAAGGUGUCGAAAUGUGAUCAGAUUGUUCAUGUCUAAUUGGCAAAAUAAUUCCCAAAAUAAUUCCCAAAAUAAUUGGGAAAAAUGUGAAAUCGAUUUUGAAAAUGAUAAAAACAACUUUUGUAUAGACGAGAAUGAAGAGAAUAUAAAACUACUUAUAAAUAAAAAAAAAGAUGAAAAAGAAAUAUGUAGAAAUAUAUUUUUUAAUAUUAAUAAUAAAGAUAUAUCAAAAAAUAUAAUAAAAUAUAUAUAUAAUUUAACUAGAAUAAAAUAUGUUAAUACAAAUAAAUAUAUAGGGUUAAUAAAAAAUAUGAAUGAUAUAUUUUUUAUUAUUAAUUUAUCAAAAGUAUUUAUUUAUUUAACUGAUAAAAUUGAAUUAUAUGAAAUAAAAAAUGUUAAAAUAAUAGAAAAAUUAACAAAUAGACAUUCUGAUUUAAAUUUUUAUUCAGAUGAUUUAUUUAUUAAUAAUGUUAUUUAUAUAUUAAGUGGAAUAAAAUUAUUGCAUAAUACAUUUGAAAAAUCAUGGGUUUUUCCAAAAAAAAAUGAAAAAAUUCAAGGAAAAUAUAAUAAUUCUUAUAUUGUUAUAACUAUGAUAAAUGAAUCUCCUAUUACAUUUUCAAUAUUAACUGAAAAUUAUAAAACAAAAACAAAAUUAUAUUCAAAUAUACAAUUUGUCUCCGAUUCUACAAUGAGUGCAAUAAACAUAUUUAUAAAUAACGAUAUAAUAAUUAAAAAUAAUAAUAAUUAUGAAUUAAAAAUUUCAUUUCCAAAUAUAUCUUUGAUUGAUUUAAUAAAAGGAAAUCUAAGAUACACAUUUUGUAACAAUUUAGCUGUUACUGAUAGUUUGGGCAAUUUGGCAAAUAUCAAGUUCAUUGAUAAAUAUACAAAAUGUGGACAAUUUUGUGGAAUUGCUAAACGGAAUGAAACUAUUACCAAUACACUGAGUGGGAAUAUUUUUGAUAAAAUUAUUAUUGAUGAUGAUAAAAAAUAUAAUAAUAUGAGUGACAUAGAAAUCGAAAUGGAAUAUGAUGAUGACUCUAAUUCGGCGAGAUUAAGCGAACAUUAUAUCAAAGUAAGAACGCUGAUGGAAAAGUAUAAGACAAAGUUGUGA